CUCUUAUAUUACCUCUCGGUCACUUUUCCUCACACAUUCCUCUCUUAUAUUACGUCUCUGUCUCUUUUCCACACACAUUCCUCUCUUAUAUUACCCCUCGGUCACUUUUCCUCACACAUUCCUCUCUUAUAUUACCUCUCUGUCUCUUUUCCACUCACAUUCCUCUCUUAUAUUACCUCUCUGUCUCUUUUCCUCACACAUUCCUCUCUUAUAUUACCUCUCAGUCACUUUCCUCCACAUUCCUCUCUUAUAUUACCUCUCUGUCUCUUUUCCUCCACCUCCUCUCUUAUAUUACCUCUCUGUCUCUUUUCCUCACACAUUCCUCUCUUUUAUUACACCUCUGUCUCUUUUCCUCACACAUUCCUCUCUUUUAUUACCUCUCUGUCUCUUUUCCUCACAUUCCUCUCUUAUAUUACAUCUCUGUCUCUUUUCCUCACACAUUUCCUCUCUUAUAUUAUCUCUCUGUCUCUUUUCCUCCACACAUUCUCUCUUAUAUUACCUCUCUGUCUCUUUUCCUAACACUCCUCUCUUAUAUUACCUCUCUGUCUCUUUUCUCUCACAUUCCUCUCUUUUAUUACCACCUCUGUCUCUUUUCCUCUCACAUUUCCUCUCUCUUUUAUUACACUCUCGGUCUCUUUUCCUCACACAUUCCUCUCUUAUAUUACCCCUCUGUCUCUUUUCCUCACACAUUUCCUCUCUUAUAUUACCUCUCUGUCUCUUUUUCACAUUUCCUCUCUUAUAUUACCCUCUCUGUCUCUUUUCCUCACAUAUCCUCCUCUUAUAGUACCUCUCUGUCUCUUUUCCUCACACAUACCUCUCUUAUAUUACCUCUCGGUCACUUUUCCUCAGACAUUCCUCUCUUAUAUUACCUCUCUGUCUCUUUUCCUCCACUCUCCUCUCUUAUAUUACCCUCUGUCUCUUUUCCUCACAUUCCUCUCUUAUAUUACCUCUCUGUCUCUUUUCCUCCACUCUCCUCUCUUAUAUUACCUCUCUGUCUCUUUUCCUCACACAUUCCUCUCUUAUAUUACCUCUCUGUCUCUUUUCCUCACACAUUCCUCUCUUAUAUUACCUCUCUGUCUCUUUUCCUCACACACUCCUCUCUUAUAUUACCCCUCUGUCUCUUUUCCUCACACAUUCCUCUCUUAUAUUACCUCUCGGUCACUUUUCCUCACACAUUCCUCUCUUAUAUUACGUCUCUGUCUCUUUUCCACACACAUUCCUCUCUUAUAUUACCCCUCAGUCUCUUUUCCUCACACAUUCCUCUCUUAUAUUACCUCUCUGUCUCUUUUCCUCACACACUCCUCUCUUUUAUUACCACUCGGUCUCUUUUCCUCACACAUUCCUCUCUUAUAUUACCUCUCUGUCUCUUUUCCACACACAUUCCUCUCUUAUAUUACCUCUCUGUCUCUUUUCCUCACACAUUCCUCUCUUAUAUUACCUCUCUGUCUCUUUUCCUCACACACUCCUCUCUUAUAUUACCCCUCUGUCUCUUUUCCUCACACAUUCCUCUCUUAUAUUACCCCUCGGUCUCUUUUCCUCACACAUUCCUCUCUUUUAUUACCUCUCUGUCUCUUUUCCUCACACACUCCUCUCUUAUAUUACCUCUCGGUCACUUUUCCUCACACAUUCCUCUCUUAUAUUACCUCUCUGUCUCUUUUCCUCACACAUUCCUCUCUUAUAUUACCUCUCUGUCUCUUUUCCUCACACAUUCCUCUCUUAUAUUAUCUCUCUGUCUCUUUUCCUCACACAUUCCUCUCUUAUAUUAUCUCUCUGUCUCUUUUCCUCACACAUUCCUCUCUUAUAUUACCUCUCUGUCUCUUUUCCUCACACAUUCCUCUCUUAUAUUACCCCUCUGUCUCUUUUCCUCACACACUCCUCUCUUAUAUUACCCCUCGGUCUCUUUUCCUCACACAUUCCUCUCUUAUAUCACCUCUCUGUCUCUUUUCCUCACACUCUCCUCUCUUAUAUUACCCCUCGGUCUCUUUUCCUCACACAUUCCUCUCUUAUAUUACCUCUCUGUCUCUUUUCCUUAUACGUUUUUUCCUUACCCCUUUUUCUCUCAUUAUCCCUCUUUCUUUCAUUCGGUCCUUUACUUCUUCUUCACAUUACCCCUCUCAUAUAUUUCUAUCCCUCUCUUUUAUUUGCCUACACCUUUGUUUUCUUUCUCCUUUUUUUUUACUCUCGUUAUCUAUCUUUCUCUUGGCUUAUAG